AUGACAAGUUUAACUGAAUUAUAUAUCAUUCUUAAUCGACAUUGUUCAAAUAUACAGUCGGAAGAUAGAAAAAAAAGAAGACAAGCAUUAGACGAAUUGUACGAUGACAUUUUUAUUAACUCAAAAGUUGACGAUUCAGAAACUUUCAGCAAAAUUUUUAAAGAAAUUGAAAAGAGUUUAUGGAAAUCAUUGUACGAUCAAAGCGAAGCAGUUAGAGAUUCAAGUAUUACAUUAAUUAGAGAAUUUGUAAAAAAUUUAAAACCAAAUGAUAAAUUUGUUGGAGAAUUAAUUCCUAUAUUAUUAUGGAGAAUUGGAGAUAAGGAAGUUCAUGAACAAUCUGAAGAAAUCAGACUUCGUAUGGUUUCUCUCAUGAAUUUCGUUAUUUUGACUUAUAAGGAAUGUUGUAGUGCUUAUGUAGAAGAUAUUGUACAAAUUCUUUCCAAAAUGUUAGUUGACAGCUAUCCAAAAAUAAGACAAGAAAGUUGUGUUUGUGCAUCAAAUUUGGCAGUUUCUUUGCCAUAUUAUUUUUAUAAUCAUCGACAAAAACUUAUAAAACCCAUUCUUGCUAGUUUUUCACAUCAGCAUUAUAGAAUGAGGGUAUCCGCUAUUGAGGCAAUCGGUAAAGUAGUCAGAUGGGGAAAUAAUAAAAAUUUACCUACUCAAGAAGUCUUUGGAUCUUUGGCUGAAAGAUUAUUUGAUUCGACUCCUAAUGUUAGAUCUGCUGUUACAAAAGUUAUCGGUGAUUGGUUAAUUAAUCUUCCAGACAGAUAUUCAUUUUUUACAAAAAUGAUACCCUUAAUUUUGUCUUCUUUAUGUGAUGAGCUUCCAGAAUUAAGGAAAGAAGCUUGGGAUAUCUGGGAUAAAGCAGGAUUGCAGUACGAACAAGAAAAUGAACAAGAUUUAAAAGAUAAAAUGGAUUUUAUGUAUGAAAAACCUGAUCAUUACCCUCCAAAUGUUCUAAGGCCAAAUUUAGGCUGCAGAACAUUAGUGCAAAGGAAUCUUUGUCAAAUCACUGGUGCUCUGUCCAAAGAACUUGAAGAUUGGAAAAAUGAUAUAAGAAUAAAAUCUGCACAACUUUUAUGUUGGUUAGUGCUUCAUGCUGAAUCUGACAUAACUCAACAUACUGAAAACUUAUUGUUGACAAUGUACAAAGUAUGCAAUCAAACUGACUCUAGAAUUGUUGAAAACGUUGAGAAAUCAGCUGAAUAUAUAGCUUACUUUGUUUCACCUGACACUUACAUGCAAUUGCUUGUUCCUAUAGUUCAAGAUGUUUGUACCACAGGGCAUUUAUGUGUAUUGGCUGCAUUAAUUAGAGGUACUGAUCCAAGUUUAUUAAAACCUCAUAUAAUUAGGAUAGGAGAACUUCUUUCUGAUGACUGUAUUUGCAGAGUUAGAAAGAAUGAUUAUCAAUAUCAGUUGUUGAAAUGCGUUGAUGCUUUGUUAAAUGCAAUUAAAGAAGAUUGUAAAAUUAUUGGAAAUCAUUUGUUUUUAAUUAUAACAACAGUAAAAGCUCUCUCUCAAGGACCCUUGUUAGAAUAUGCACAAAAUUUGUUUAAGAGAUUGUGUGAAGGCCUAGGUAAAAAAACAACCAUAGAUUUAUAUGAAGAUUAUACAGAGGAAUUAUUGGAAAAAAUUAAACCAACAGUUGAAAAUUGGACUUCGGUAUCAUGCGAAAGAUUCAUUUUUCAACUUAUCCUAGAAGAAUCAGGUCCAGUGUUGGGAAAUUUUCUUCCAACUAUUAUAGAAAUAUUAAAAAUAUCGAUGAAAGUCGAUGGUGAUCCCAUAGUUAAAUCAAAGCUUUUCAUUUUAAUGAGCUCAGUUUUGAGGCAAAGAGAUGUAAUCUUAAAAACGGCUGAUGAAAAGAUUCUGGAAAAAUUUAUUGUCUCAUUCAUACAAGAUGUCAUUUGUCCGAAUUUGGUUUGGCAUGCAGGCAGAGCUGCAGAAGCACUAAGAACUGUUGUUGUCGCUUGUUUAUGUGCAACUUUAUUACAGCCAAAUGAAACUAAUCAACUUUUCGGCGAUAAAGUUGCCGCAGAAGAAUGUGCGUCAAAAGACAACCUUUUAAAAUUUUUAAAUAUAGAUUUAUUUUCGGAAAUUUUUUCCACACUAUUUCCACUUUUACUAAAUUCCAUUGAAGACAGUGCUGUUAAAACUAGACUUUUUUCACUAAAGGCUUUACAAAAUAUCGUUUUGAAUGCAGCAAAAAAUGAUGUAUUAACGCCAGAUCACGUAAAUCAAAGUUAUCCGCUAAUUCUCAAAAGGCUGGAUGAUGUAUCAAACGAUGUAAGAGUUUCUGCCACGGAUUUUUUAAUAAUAUUGUAUAACAAUUUGCCUAUUGCUUAUAAUCCGGAAUCGUUUGAACCGCAUUUAGACUCUCUGUACGGUACUCUACUUAUACAUCUUGAUGAUCCUGAUGAAAAAUUUCAAAAACAAAUGACGGAUGUUUUAAAAACAGUUGGAAAAGUUCAACCGAAAUUACUUUAUGAUAAGUUAGAUAAAUGUCAAAACCGAUUUAGAAAUUUUAAUUUGUGCAAUGAAAUAAUGGAUUAUUUAAAAAGUUCAUACAAUCUCGAUAAAAAUUCAUAA